AUGGAGGCGGCUGGCUUGAUGGACAACUUCCCAUGUCUUGUUAUUCGCGGGAUCUGCGACUAUUCCGACUCGCAUAAAAAUAAGCAGUGGCAAGACUACGCAGCAGCAACGGCAGCGGCUUAUGGCAAAGAGCUUCUCUCCGUAGUCUAUGCAAGCCAAAUAGUGAGCACUUUGCCAUUGGGAUUAAUUACCGACGUGUCGUACUACAGGGAACAGCCACUACCCGAGAUGAAGUUUUCCAACCGUGAAAUAGCUCUAAAUGACGGCCAGGAAUUGGAGGGGCUCCUCAAGCGUAUUUCAAGUUAUGAUCACGAGAGAAUACAUCAAAGGCUUAGUCGAAAACGACUCGCUGGAACCACGCACUGGUUCCUUGAUCACCCGGAUUUCCAGGCAUGGUUUACCAAGAAGAAAGUUUCCAGUUUGUGGUGCUCAGGAAAGAUUGGCUCAGGUAAAACAAUGAUAGCAACCGCAAUAAUUGACGCAGCGAAAUAUGAUCUCGGCUCUCCCACCGUCUUUUUCUAUUGCGAGAAUGAUCAUCAUGCAACCCUCGACGCGUCGUCCAUUCUCUCCAGUUUCAUAAAACAACUCUGUGCAUUGCUGCACAGACCCUAUCCGGGAGAUGUCGCAAGGGAGAUCAGGAAGUACUUUGGAGACAAGAGGGUGAAGCCAGACCUUGACGACCUGAAAGAUAUUUUCACCCUUUUGUUCCCCUACGCCUCGGAUACGAUUUACGUCGUUGAUGGAAUUGAUGCUCUGGACAGGAAACAGGCCAAAUCCCUUUUGAGCGUCUUUAGGUCGCUAUUCUUUGACUCCAGGUCCCAGCAAGGAUCACGAAUACUGGUAUUGAGCAGGGACCAAGUUCCAGGGUAUAUAAACAUCGAUACGUUCAUGCCUGGGAUUUAUCGGAUCUCGACAUCGGGCAAUGUUAUGCAGGACAUAGAAACGUACACCGAAUCAAGCAUCGCUGAUAAGACCAUGUGCCGAAAAAUUACGGAUGAUUCUCUGCUGUCUGAAGAAAUUCCGCGGAGGCUUCUGAUAGAGUCAUCGGAGAUGUUUCUAUGGGUGUAUCUCCAAUUAGAGAUUCUUUGGGACACAUGCCACACAGAUGCAGAAAUACGGUCUGCUUUAGCUGCACUACCAAAGGGUCUGGAAGACACAUAUAGCCGUUGUAUUGAGAGAAUUGAUCACAAGGAUAACCGUGUUCUCAAGGUACUCAAAUGGGUUAGCUUUGCGACCAUCCCGCUUCAUAUCGAAGAAUUGCGAGAGGCAACCGCCUUUGACCAGGGAGACAUUACUUGGAAUGCCAAGAAGAUCCCAGGGAAAGAAUUUGUUAUCGGAUGCUGUGCAAACCUUGUUGUCGUGGAUUCCACUGACAACCGUGUGCGCUUUGCACAUUCCUCAGUAAAACAAUAUCUCGAGAAAAGUCGAGAAAGAAUCGACAUUCAAGGGUAUCCAACCACAGCACAGGGCGUUCUAGAGUGCGGAGAGUUUUGUGUUGCUUAUCUUUCUUUCUCGGACUUCUGUCUUCAACUGCGAAGGAACGAAAAAGCUAUAUUUACUGUUCCACCACCCAUUUUGUUUGCGCCAAAAAUCCUCCCUGAAUUCUUCACCAAAUAUUUCUUCCCGGAGCCCCGCGAUCAGAGGUUUUCUGCUUCCGUGCCAUUCCGUGGAAUACGCACAUCAUCCGCGCCAGAUCGGAAACAGUACAAGUUCCUCGACUACGCCGUUGCAAAUUGGGCCUUGCAAACCAAGAAAAUACUUCCUACAUCAGUAAACUGGGAGAAGUUCGAACGGCUCGCAAUGUGUUUCAAUGAAACUUGGAAUUUCCACCCUUGGGUCCCUGGCGGCCGUUCGGCAUCCUCCCAUCUCCACGGUCUCCUCGGAUGGGCGGUGACGGAGCAACAUGAGCCUCUUCUGUCAAUUGCACAGGCUGCGCGGAAGGACUUACAACGUGUUUGUAAUCUUCCGCUAGUCGGUGAAAGCCUUCCUGCGCUUCACGUUGCGGCAAAACUUGGAAGUAAGGCCAUAAUUGAGAUUCUUCUAGAUUUCUGCAACGUUAAUGCGCCAGAUCUGGAACAACAUACUGCUUUGCAUCAUGCAGCAAGCGCGGGUCAUAUCGAAAUCUGCCAAUUACUAUUGAGUACAAAGAAGAUGGAAGUGAACGCUCGAUCCAAAUCUCAAUUCACACCACUCUGGCUGGCUGUGAGUAACGGACAUGAGAAGGUCGCUUCUCUUCUUAUAGAGAAUCAAGCAGACAUUGAGGUCAAGGACGCUUCUCUCCACCAGACACCUCUCUCACGGGCUGCACGAAAUGGGCACGAUGCGAUAGUGAAACUUCUAACUGCGAAGGGAGCCGAGUUAGACUCACAAGAUGUGGAUGGUCGAACACCUCUAUUGUGGGCCAUAAAAGGGGGGCACGAAUCGAUAAUAAAGUUGCUGCUCGAAAAGGGUGCCAAUGCGGCUCAUAAAGAUCUUGAUACUCAGAGUUUACUACUUUGGGCGGUAAAACACGGAUAUGAGGCGAUUGUUAGCUUAAUUCCUAUAAAAUCUCCGGAUCUCAACCUUGUGGACAAAGACGGUCGGACACCACUCUCAUGGGCUGCAGGAAUUGGGUAUGAGGCAGUAGUGAAAGUGCUGCUUGAGAAGGGUGCUGAUUCUGAGGCUGAAGAUAGCUAUUCGGGUCGAGUACCACUUUCAUGGGCUGCAGAAAGCGGGCAUAUGGCAGUAGUGAAAGUGCUGCUUGAGGAAGGUGCUGAUCCUCAGGCCAAAGAUUGGUCUUCAGGUCGGACACCACUCUCACGGGCUGCAGAAAACGGACACGGGGCAGUGGUGAAAAUGCUGCUUGAGAAGGGUGCUGAUCUUGAGGCUAAAGAUAGAAGGUCAGGUCGGACACCACUCUCAUGGGCUGCAGAAAACGGACAUGAGGCAGUGGUGAAAUUACUGUUUGAGAAAGGUGCCGAUCUAGAGGCUAAAGAUAGGUCGGGUCGGACACCACUCUUAUGGGCUGCAGAAAAUGGGCACAAGGCAGUGGUGACAGUGCUGCUGAAGAAGGGUGCUGAUUUUGAGGCUAAAGAUAGUUAUUUGGAUCUGAUACCACUUUUAUGGGCUGCAGAAAACGGGCACGGGGAAGUGGUGAAAGUGCUGCUUGAGAAGGGUGCCGAUCUUGAGGUCAAAGAUAGGUCGGGUCGGACACCACUUUUAUGGGCUGCAGAAAACGGACAUGAGGUAGUGGUGAAAGUACUGCUUGAUAAAGGUGCUGAUAUUGAGGUUAAAGAUAGGUCUGGUCGGGCACCACUUUCAUGGGCUGCAGAAAAAGGACAUGAGGCAGUGGUGAAAGUGCUGCUUGAGAAGGGUGCUGAUCUUGAGGCCAAAGAUAUGUCGGGCCGGACGCCACUCUUCUGGGCUGCAGAAAAGGGAUAUAAGACAGUGGUGAAAGUGCUGCUUGAGAAGGGUGCUGAUCUUAAGGCCAAGGAUUGGUCUUCGGGUCGGACCCCACUUUUAUGGGCUGCAGAAAACGGGCAUGGGGCAGUGGUGAAAGUGCUGCUUGAGAAGGGUGCAUAUCUUGAGGCUAAAGAUUGGUCUUCAGGCCGGACAUCACUCUCAUGGGCUGCAGAAAAUGGGCAUAAGGCAGUGGUGGAAUUGCUGCUUGAGAAGGGUGCUGAUCUUGAGGCCAAAGAAAGGUUUUCAGGUCGGACAUCACUCUCAUGGGCUGCAGGAAACGGGCAUGAAGCAGUGGCGAAAUUGUUGCUUGAUAAGGGUGCUGAUCUUAAGGUCAAAGAUAGGUCGGGUCGGACACCACUCUCAUGGGCUGCAGGAAAGGGAUAUAAGACAGCAGUGAAAGUGCUGCUUGAGAAGGGUGCUGAUCUCAAGGCUGAAGAUAGCUAUUCGGGUCGGGUUACCAGGGUAUCGAAUCAGUGA